CAAAAUCUAAGGAAUGGCAUUCAUGAAAUUAUUUCUCAAACCAAGGCCCCAUUUGAUUUCCAUCUCAUAUAAAGACAUUCCUCCACUCACAGUGACAUUUCACGAGUAGCAAGCUCAGCAGUCCACGCCAGGGACGCCGAAUCGAGUUUCAACCAUGCAGAGUUGCCGCUACCUUGCCACCCAAGCAUGGGCCCCUACUGGCCGACAUCCGACAACCGGCCGCCCCCGAUUACCCACCCGCACUGUCAGGCUGCGAUCACCGCCACCGAUCUCCGCCGUGGCUGCUCCAGUCAAAAAUAGAAAGGCUCACUCAAUGCCGCCGGAGAAGGCCGAGGUUUUCAAGUCCCUGGAACGCUGGGCUUCGGAGGGGCUGCUGCCGCUGCUGAAGCCGGUGGAGCAAUGCUGGCAACCGCAGAACUUCGUGCCCGACUCGUCGCUGCCGUCCGAUGAAUUCAUGGAUCAAGUGAAGGCACUGCGCGAACGGACGGCCGAGCUCCCGGAUGAGUACUUCGUGGUACUGGUGGGUGAUAUGAUCACGGAGGACGCAUUGCCUACGUAUCAGAGCAUGAUAAACAACCUGGAUGCGGUCGGGGACGAGACCGGAGCAAGCCCAGAUCCGUGGGCCGUUUGGACCCGCUCUUGGACCGCCGAGGAGAAUAGGCACGGGGAUUUGCUUAGAACCUAUCUCUACUUAUCCGGUCGGGUUGAUAUGCUUAUGGUCGAGAAGACCGUGCAGUAUUUGAUUGGAGCUGGAAUGGAUCCUGGGACAGAGAACAACCCAUAUUUGGGAUUCGUCUACACGUCGUUUCAAGAGCGAGCCACCUUCGUGUCACACGGCAACACGGCUCGCUUAGCGAAGGAGGGGGGAGAUCCGGUGCUAGCGCGCAUAUGUGGCACCAUCGCAGCAGACGAGAAACGCCACGAGAAUGCGUACGCGAGAAUUGUCGAGAAGCUGCUGGAAGUGGACCCCACGGGAGCAAUGCUGGCCAUCGCAGAUAUGAUGCACAAGAAAAUAACAAUGCCCGCGCAUUUGAUGUACGACGGGAAGGAUCCCCGUCUGUUCGAACACUUCUCUGCGGUGGCGCAGCGGACGGGAGUGUAUACGGCGAACGAUUACGCGGACAUAUUGGAGUUUUUGGUCGGACGAUGGAAGUUGGAGAAGCUGGAGGGGCUGACGGGCGAAGGGAGGCGUGCGCGGGAUUUCGUGUGUGGACUAGCACCGAGGAUUAGGAAGUUGCAAGAGCGAGCAGAUGAGAGGGCACGCAAGAUGGGGCCUCAUAGUGUCAAAUUCAGCUGGAUCUUCAACAAGGAGGUGGCCUUGACCAUGUGACCACCACUUCUCCUUGGUCAUUGCUACCAAGAAAACUGUAAUUUGCGUGCAGCGGAGAGAGAGACGCUGCCUUUAGUUGAGACCUUUUUUUUUUUUUUUUUUGGGAACACUUAGAGUGCGUGCUUUUUAGUUGAGACUUUUUUAUUAAUAGUAAGGCAAGAGCAAGGCUUGAAUCAGUUGAGACGUUUGGUGCCUUCCCUUGACUCCCUGUUUCUGGUCUAUUUGGAAAAUCCUUACAAGUUGAUUCAAACAAAUAGUUGUAUCCUCAAACAGAUAUAAACUGAAAUUCAAAUGAGCACCAUUCAUCUCACACAAGCUUUUAUUGCUUUGGCUUGCUGCCUUUCAAGGAAUUUAGAAGAACAAAAUUAAAGAAAUAAAUUUGAUGAGAUAUAUUUCAAAA